GUUUUUUCCCUUCUGUCACACUGGCCGUCUCUCUUUAUCCUAUAUCCUCUUGUAGACAGUCCUCUUGACGAUGUCUCACAUUGUUGUACCAUCUACUUUAAGACAGACGUCUCGAGCCUACGCCCGACGCCUCUCACAACAUGGAUCCCUGACGUGGUCCUUUUCCAGGCACCCGCUCGCCACCGCGGGACGGCCUGCUAUCUCACAGCGAUCCUACGUGUCUGAGACAAAGUCUGGGAACGCUCAGGUCGGCGUAGGUACUACUGUUGAGGAGGAACGGAAAUCCUUUUUGGAUCGCACUGGCGUGCAGCCUCAGAAAGUCCAGCUCCCAGCCUCCGUUACCGGAGACGCGUCCAUGGGCCAGACGGCCGGCAUUCUGAAGCAGGCGACCCUGCUGGACCAGGGCACUCGCCCCAUCUAUCUUGAUAUGCAAGCAACAACUCCGCUUGAUCCCCGUGUUCUCGACGCCAUGUUGCCGUUUCUCACUGGGAUCUAUGGAAACCCCCAUUCGAGAACACAUGCAUAUGGAUGGGAAUCGGAGAAGGCUAUUGAUGAAGCGAGGGAACACAUCGCCAGUCUGAUUGGGGCUGAUCCAAAAGAGAUCAUCCUUACCAGCGGCGCUACCGAGAGCAACAACAUGAGUAUCAAGGGCGUGGCCAGAUUCUUCGGCCGGUCCGGCAAGAAGAAGCACAUCAUCACAAGUCAGACGGAACACAAGUGUGUUCUUGACAGCUGCCGUCAUCUUCAGGAUGAGGGUUAUGAGGUGACGUAUCUCCCUGUGCAGCAUAACGGGUUGGUCCGGAUGGAGGAUCUCGAAGCCGCCAUUCGUCCAGAAACCGCUUUGGUGUCGAUCAUGGCUGUCAACAAUGAGAUUGGCGUAAUUCAACCGCUGGAGGAGAUUGGAAGGCUAUGCCGGUCCAAGAAGGUUUUCUUCCACACUGAUGGCGCUCAGGCAUUCGGCAAGAUCCCAUUGGAUGUCAACAAACUCAACAUCGACCUUAUGUCGAUUUCAAGCCACAAGAUCUAUGGCCCAAAGGGCAUCGGUGCCUGCUAUGUCCGACGCAGGCCCAGGGUUCGACUUGACCCUAUUAUUUCUGGUGGUGGACAGGAGAGAGGCUUGCGCAGCGGUACUCUUGCACCCCACCAGGUAGUCGGUUUUGGCGAGGCCGCACGCCUCGCCAAACAAGACAUGGAGUACGACAGCAAGCAUAUCGCGCGACUGUCUAAGCGGUUGCUGGACGGACUCCUGUCCAUGGAACACACAACGCUCAACGGAGAUCCAGACCGCCAUUAUCCGGGCUGUGUCAAUGUCUCCUUUGCGUACGUCGAGGGUGAGUCGCUGCUGAUGGCGCUGAAGGAUAUUGCUUUGUCAUCGGGUAGCGCAUGUACCUCGGCAUCUCUGGAACCCAGCUACGUGCUCCGCGCUCUUGGAGCCAGCGACGAGAGUGCCCACAGCAGCAUCCGGUUCGGCAUCGGACGGUUCACGACUGAAGCAGAGAUCGACUAUGUGCUGAAUGCGGUGCGCGACCGAGUGCACUUCCUGCGGGAGCUGAGUCCGCUGUGGGAGCUGGUGCAGGAGGGUAUUGAUCUGAACACGAUCCAGUGGAGUCAGCAUUAGACUGGCCGUAGUGAUUUCCUUUCUCUGUUUUUUUUUUUUUUUUUUUUUAUCCUUAUUAUUUUAAUUGUUUGUAUUCCCGACACGAGAGCGACUUUUUUGUUUCCGUCAAGCGCAGUUUGCAUGUAUUAUUCCCCUGGGCGACUUGGGUUAUAUUAGAAUGGACAGCUAUAGCGGUCUUAUGGGACGGCGUUGAAUGUACAGAACAGGAAUAGGAUAAAUGAACAGAUUACUUCAGUGCC